AUGGCUUUAAUGCGUCUGGAAGAGGAGACAGGGAUGUCUUUCACGAUCCGUGUGAGCAAGAAGAUUAGGGAACCCAUCGAAGAUGCAAUUCGAUUCCGAUAUCGUCGAAUGCGAUACAUAUGCAGCCUUGGUGGUAACUCUCGGACAGCUGGUGCCAAGCGGACUCACAAGUGUGGCUGUCCCGUGUACUUCGAAGUUGUAUUAAAACCAACAGGAUUGAAGGUCUCAAAAUACAGCAUGCAUCACUCACACGCGGUCAGUCCUGACUCGGUUGUCCCUUCCGAUGAACGAAGAUGUUUAACCGAAGAGGAAGAGGAGUUUGUGAACAGCUUAAUCAUGAUAAAUACUGAUAAUCAAAAUAUACGUCGAAUUGUACGCAACAAGUAUGGGAAGCUUCUUCACGCAAAAGACUUAAAUCGAUUAAAAGUGAAGUUGAAUUACCAGCGGCAAUAA